GCGGUCGCGUCUAUCGGCCAGUAGCAGCACACGUCAAUCCAACACCAGGCUCCAUGGAGAAUGCGGAGAUAACUCGAAUAACGGUACGCUACAAUAUUUCUGUGGGAGAAAUUAUCUUCGUUUGAUAAACAACCGAAUAUGCGUUUGUCGCGCGCAUCAAUAAACCGCACAUAAAACAACAACAACAACAAACGGCAGAACAGUGUUUUUCGUCUCACCACGAAACCCAACAGCUCCAGCCGAGACAGAACCAUUGUCUGAAUAUACGUUUAGGAUGGCCUGGAUAGGCAAGAAGUCGGUGAUAGCCACCAGUCUGAUCGUGGUGGUGUCUCUCUUGGUUGUGGUGGUCAACUACUCAGAGAAGCCAUACUUCCUCCUGGAGCCAGUGUUCGGCCAAACCUUCAGGAGCCACUGGAUGUUCUCCAGACAGACUCACAAGGCCUUCCAACCUCACCUGGGAUACAUCAGCAUCCCUAAGCAGGAGCCCCUGAAGCUACACUGUGAAGUCUGCUCCCUGGUGUCCAGUUCCGGUCAGAUGUUGGGCCAGGCGGCAGGGCCGGAGAUCGACCACUCCUCCUGUAUCUGGCGUAUGAACAACGCGCCGACGCGCGGGUUCGAACACGACGUGGGGCACCGCACCACCCUCAGGGUCGUCUCUCACACCUCUGUGCCUCUGCUGCUGCAGAGGCCUCAGUACUUCUUUGGCCAGGCCAACGACACGGUAUAUGUGGUGUGGGGUCCUCUGAGGAACAUGAGGAAGGAUGGGAAAGGCAUCGUGUACAACAUGCUGAGACAAGCUGUAGAGAAGUACCCCCAGGCUAGGAUCUACCUCACCACAGAGGAACGCAUGAACUACUGUGACAUGGUGUUCAAGAAGGAGACUGGGAAGGACAGGAUCCAGUCUGGAUCAUACCUCAGUACCGGUUGGUUCACUCUGAUCCUGGCCAUGGACAUGUGUAAAGAGAUCCACGUCUACGGCAUGAUCAACGACACCUACUGCAAGUCAGAGGGGUACCGUAAGGUCCCCUACCACUACUAUGAAGCCGGUAGUCGUGAUGAGUGCGCAGAGUAUCUCCUCCACGAGAGCGCUCCGUACGGCGGCCACCGUUUCAUCACAGAGAAGGCCGUCUUCGCCAAGUGGGCCAGAACACACUCCAUUAAGUUCUACAACCCGCCAUGGAAACUGUCGUGACCCGGAGGGGCCGCAGAUAGCCGGGAAGACUGGAGGAGGGCCAUUAUUGAUGACAUCACACAGCCAUGGCCACCUCAUCAUCCAGGGACAGGGAGAACGCAGGGCCACUACCGUUACACCAGAGCAGUGUCCCAAAUGACACCCUAUCCCCUAUAUAGUGCACUAUCGGGCCCUGGUCAAAAGUAAUGCACUAUAUAGGCACGUCUCCCUCCCCUGGCGUUGCCUAGGUGUAUAUGACACUGAAAUGUACAGUCAGAAUGCACACAUCCUUCUGCAAUCCCAGUCCGUCCAUUACCACUGAGCCUGUUGUCUGAGGGGUUGUAAUUCCCGUCCCACUGCUUGCCUGACUGUAGCACUGAAACCAGACACCCAUCCUGGGCUGAAACGUAGAUGGUGGAGGGUGGUCCCUCCAUGUCCCUCCGUGUCCUCACUGAGCCAUGAACCAUGAACCAAGGCCUUCUGUUCACUAAAACAAUCUGGCCACUGCAGGACAGGCUCAUCCAUCCAUCCAUCCCAUUAGAGAAACAACAUGAAGAAGAAACAAUUUCUCCACUCAUUGAAUGUCUGUUGUCAUCUUCUAGAACUCUGUUGUCAUCUUCUAGAACUCUGUUGUCAUCUUCUAGAACUCUGUUGUCAUCUUCUAGAACUCUGUUAACCUCUUCUAGAACUCUGUUGUCAUCUUCUAUACUCUGUUGACCUCUUCUAGAACUCUGUUGUCAUCUUCUAGAACUCUGUUGUCAUCUUCUAGAACUCUGUUAACCUCUUCUAGAACCAUGUUGUCAUCUUCUAGAACUCUGUUAACCUCUUCUAGAACUCUGUUGUCAUCUUCUAGAACUCUGUUGACCUCUUCUAGAACUCUGUUGUCAUCUUCUAGAACUCUGUUAACCUCUUCUAGAACUCUGUUGUCAUCUUCUAGAACUCUGUUGACCUAUUCUAGAACUCUGUUGACCUAUUCUAGAACUCUGUUGUCAUCUUCUAGAACUCUGUUGUCAUCUUCUAGAACUCUGUUGACCUCUUCUAGAACUCUGUUGUCCUCUUCUGGAACUCUGAGUUGGAGAAAAUGUGAUGUCAUAAAGGAGCUCCGGAGCAGGGGUCUUUCUUGACCUCCAAUCAUCUACUGCUUUGAUGUUGUAAAGGUUGGUGAAUGACAAAGGACAAAUAGCUCAACUCAACAGAUACGGGAUAAGAAAAGAAUGAAACCAACAAACUGUUUUUCAUCUCUACAGUAGCUACACACAGGCAGUCUCCCUAAUGGCACAAUAUUCCCUAGAUAGUGCACUACUUUUGACCAGGGCCCUAUAGGUAGUGCACUAUGUAGGGAAUAGGGUCCUUUAGAUGUGCUGAAGCCCUGUACAGUACAGUAUCUCACAUGUCUGAACUCUCCAAGAUGUUGUUAUUCUAUGUCAGGCUGGGUGUUGAUAGAGGCCUGUUACCGAUCUCUGACCAGCUACACUACUUUAUUCUCCGCCGUCUGGCUGUACCCCCUUUCUGUCUCUACCAGGGGUGUCUCAAAUGGUGCCCUAUUCCCUAUAUAGAGCAUUUCUUUAACCAGGGCCCAUAGGGCUGACUGUAAGGCUGACCAUAAGGCUGACCAUAAGGCUGACUAUAAGGCUGACUAUAGGGCUGACCAUAGGGCUGACCUUAGAGCUGACCAUAGGGCUGACUAUAGGGCUGACUAUAGGGCUGACUAUAGGGCUGACUAUAGGGCUGACUAUAGGGCUGACUAUAGGGCUGACCAUAGGGCUGACCAUAGGGCUGACUAUAGGGUUGACUAUAGGGCUGACUAUAGGGCUGGCUAUAGGGCUGACAAUAGGGCUGACUAUAUGGCUGACUAUAGGGCUGACUAUAGGGCUGACCAUAGGGCUGACCAUAGGGCUGACUAUAGGGCUGACUAUAGGGCUGACCAUAGGGCUGACUAUAAGGCUGACCAUAGGGCUGACUAUAGGGCUGACUAUAGGGCUGACCAUAGGGCUGACUAUAGGGCUGACUAUAGGGCUGACCAUAUGGCAUAGUGCUGACCAUAGAGCUGUCCAUAUGGCAUAGUGCUGACUAUAUGGCUGACUAUAGGGCUGACCAUAGGGCUGACCAUAGGGCUGACUAUAGGGCUGACUAUAGGGCUGACUAUAGGGCUGACUAUAGGGCUGACUAUAGGGCUGACUAUAUGGCUGACUAUAGGGCUGGCUAUAGGGCUGACUAUAGGGCUGGCUAUAGGGCUGACUAUAGGGCUGACCAUAGGGCUGACCAUAGGGCUGACUAUAGGGCUGACUAUAGUGCUGACUAUAGGGCUGACUAUAGGGCUGACUAUAGGGCUGACUAUAGGGCUGACUAUAGGGCUGACUAUAAGGCUGACCAUAAGGCUGGCUAUAGGGCUGACUAUAGGGCUGACCAUAGGGCUGACUAUAAGGCUGACCAUAAGGCUGGCUAUAGGGCUGACUAUAGGGCUGACUAUAGGGCUGACUAUAAGGCUGACCAUAAGGCUGGCUAUAGGGCUGACUAUAGGGCUGACCAUAGGGCUGACUAUAAGGCUGACCAUAAGGCUGGCUAUAGGGCUGACUAU